AUGUCAAGGGGCGCCUCAUCGGUCGCGAGGGGCGCAAUAUCCGAGCGAUUGAAGCCACCACCGGGCGUAGAUCUGCUCGUCGAUGACACGCCCGAUACAGUGGCCAUAUCUUGUUUCGACCCAAUCCGACGAGAAGUCGCACGCGUCGCAUUGGUCAGAUUGAUUAAAGACGGUCGCAUCCAACCGGCCCGGAUCGAAGACGCGGUUAAAAAAGCGCAAAAGGAAGUGGACAUCGCAGUUCGUAAAGCGGGCGAAGACGCGGUUUUAGACGUCGGUAUCCGAGGGCUUCAUCCUGAAUUGACCAAGAUAAUGGGACGGCUCAAGUACCGCUAUUCAUACGGCGAAAACGUGCUUCAGCACUGUAUCGAAGUUGGGCACUUUUCAGGCAUGUUGGCUUCUCAGAUUGGCGACGAUGCCCAAGUCGCCAAGACCGCCGGGUUCCUUCACGACAUCGGCAAAGCAUUGACGCACGAAGUCGAAGGACCACAUGCAGAAAUCGGCGCCGACAUUGCUGCACAGUACGGGAUUCGCGAAAACAUCGUGGUCGCGAUUCGCGAACACCACGACCGAGAGAUGACGACCCACGCUUCCUUCAUCGUCGCAGCCUCGGACGCCAUGAGCGCAGCUAGGCCAGGGGCUCGCAACGAUAGCAAUGAGAACUACCUCAAACGCCUGAACGAGCUCGAAAGCGUCGCCAAGGGCUUCAACGGCGUCAGACGCGUUUUCGCCAUCCAAGCCGGACGGGAAGUCCGCGUAUUGGUUGACCCCGAAAAAAUCAACGAUGCGGAAGCCAGCUAUCUUUCGAACGACAUCGCCAAAGCUAUCGAGAAGCGACUCCAAUAUCCCGGACUCAUCAAGGUGGUUGUCAUUCGCGAAUCCCGCGCGGAGGCGGUUGCGAGUUGA